UCUCUCCUGUAUUUAGGCUCCUCCCCGUAGUCCUACUUCCAAGAUCAUUAGUCUCACCCUCUGCACUGUAUCCUCACGCACUUCUCUGGUUGAAGGAAGGAGCGAAGGUUAUUUCAGAAAUGUUCAAUUACAGGCAACUCUUUCAUUAAUGGAUGAACUCCUGAAGUCUUUCGAUAUUAAACUCUCUGCAAAUGCACCCCGAAGAACGGAUGCUUGAUCAAAAGCCUUCAUUUUUCAGGCUGCAGCCAGGGUAAUAAGGACAUCCCGGAAGAUGGUAAACCAGACUGAAGGUUAUGUCUCAGAGCUAAUAACUCGCUCCACGACUGCUUGUCUGCUUUUCAUUUUCGUGCUCUCCACCUUUCUAGGGAAUGCUCUGGUGUGCACCGCAGUGGUACGGUUCCGUCAUCUGCGCUCCAAAGUGGCGUACGUGUUUGUAGUGUCUUUGGCCGUCUCUGAUCUCUUAGUUGCCUCUCUUGUAAUGCCAUGGAAGGCAACUGCAGAGAUUGUGGGUUUCUGGCCAUUCGGCAGUUUCUGUGAAGUAUGGAUAGCCUUUGACAUCAUGUGCUCUACCGCCUCUAUUCUUAACCUGUGCAUCAUAAGUGUGGAUCGUUACUGGGCUAUUGCUAUCCCACUGAGCUACGAGCAGAAAAUGACAAGAAGAGUGGCAUAUGUCAUGAUUGGAGUGGCAUGGGCACUCUCAGUUCUGAUCUCAUUCAUUCCUGUGCAGCUGAGUUGGCAUAAGAGUCUCCGCCAUAAAGAAGACCUGGGAGAAAUGGCUGAGAAAUGCGAUGCCAGUUUAAACCGCACUUAUGCCAUCACUUCAUCUCUAAUCAGCUUCUACAUCCCUGUCUCCAUAAUGAUUGUCACUUACACUCGCAUCUUCCUCAUAGCGCAAAAGCAGAUCCGAAGGAUAUCAAUGCAAGAGUGCACCAUUAAGCAUGUUCAGUCCUGCCAGAGCUGCAGUAAAGCACCUGAAGAGAAGUUAAAAAGCUCAUUUAAGAGGGAAACCAAAGUCCUGAAAACCCUGUCAAUGAUCAUGGGUGUGUUCGUCUGCUGUUGGCUCCCUUUCUUCAUUCUUAACUGCAUGGUGCCGUUUUGUGACCCUGGCCUCCACAACGCCGGGCAGAUCCCAUGUGUCAAUAAGACAACUUUCGAUGUGUUUGUGUGGUGUGGGUGGGCGAACUCUACCUUGAAUCCUGUUGUUUAUGCAUUUAAUGCAGAAUUCCGCAAAGCGUUUUCCAGCCUCUUGGGAUGUGGGAAGCUGUGCUCUCAGAAUACGGUUCAAACGGUUGACUUCAGUAAUGAGCUGGUGUCUUACCAUCGUGACUCCACAAACCUUCGAGAUGCUCACCUCUUCGGUCAUCCCUGUCUGCAUCCGCACGCUGUCAGAGAGGAAAGUGAUAAAGACGUGCGCUUUGAUACAGUGUCACAGAUGGCUGAAGUCCCUUAUGAGGCUGAAUGCAACUUUGUAUAUGGGGAAAGGCCUCGUAUGAUAAGUCAUGGAGAAACAGAACUAUCAUUGGAUAAAAUCCUACCAUUUACAAAAGAUGAUUUAGUGUCUCUUGUGGCUCAUAAUGAAAGCGAAUCUCCAAGUAUCUCUGGAAUAUUGUAAUCUGUAAAUAUGCUGUGUGGUUUUAAAAUAAUUUUACUUUUGUGUAUUAAACUGAGUAAGAAUAUGAGUAAUUGAAAAGGCUAAGACAAAUUUUUGAGUGCUGUAUCUAUACUCUGCUCAUGAUACUCAAUGUGAGGUAUCCAUAGAAAGAUUCUAUAAAGAGCUUUACGUAUAAUUCUCAUGAUGCAGUAUCAAUUCAUUUCUACAUUAAUAAUAUGCAGUCUUUUUCAGUUAAAUGUGUUCAUGGAGGAAAUAAUAAUCAUGUCUGUCAGCUUGAAGAUUUGACUGAAAAUUAUUAACACCUGACUUAGAAAUUUCC